UUCUAACUUUAUAUCUUUUCUUCUAACUUCUCUCUCUCUCUCUCUCUCUCUCUCUCUCUCUCUAUAUAUAUAUAUAUAUAUAUAUAUAUAUAUAUAAUAUAUGAACUGUAAACCACAAACCAAACAAUUAUAGUUCAUUACAAAUUUAAGAAAUUUCUGCAACAGAGAAGAACAUAAGAAUCUAUUUUGAGUUCAUUCCCAUUAUUAGUUAGUUAUGUCCUCGUCGGAGACAGUUCCGGAUUCGCCCGAAUCUGAUUUUACUCAAAUCAAUUUCGAUGAAACUGAGCUCACAUUGGGACUUCCCGGAGCCGAGUUCCGGCCAACAACUCAUCAUAAAUCCAACGCAAAACGUUGUUUCCACGAUACUGUUGAUGCCGGCUGUGUCGGGAGCUCGACAAGCAAACCGCGUGACAUCAGUCUUGAUGAUGAGCCACAGCAUGGCUCUUCUGGAAAUGGGGAAAAGCGGGCAGUCAUGGGUUGGCCGCCGGUGAGAUCAUACAGAAAAAAGACAAUAGAAAUGAACAGUACAAGUGCUACUAAGUAUGUUAAAGUUGGGGCCGAUGGUGCGCCAUAUCUGCGUAAGCUUGACCUUCAGAUCUUCAAUGGCUACCAACAGCUAUUCGACGCUUUUCACCAUUUGUUUACCUCCUUCCCUAUUUCUUGUGAUUACUUAGAAGAAGGAAACAAUUUGAACCCAGUGAAAAGAGCAGAUGAAUACUUACCGACUUAUGAAGAUAAAGAUGGAGAUUGGAUGUUAGUUGGAGAUGUCCCAUGGAAAUUAUUCAUUGAGUCUUGCAAACGUAUUCGUUUGAUGAAAGGUUCAGAUGCCAUUGGCACCGCUUCAAGAACACCAUAAAGAAAAGGAGGAAGGGAGAGAGAGGUUUUGGAUGUGGGCAGCUUUUCUUUUUGAAUUUGUUCCAAGUAUUGAAUGAAUAUGCAUUUUGAUGUGAUUAGGCUUUUGUUAAUUUUGUAUAAUAAAAAAAGUAAUAUUUACAUAACUACAGUUUGUUGUUGUU